AUGGACGGUAUUGACUUGGGUGCGCCGAUCGCGACUCUUCGAUCUCUAGGCGCGCUGGCGACAGAUAAUUUCCGAUAUAAGUCGGGCCAUUCGGCUAAAUGGUCAAAAUCUCCCAUCACUUUCGAUUUAAUUUCCCAAUGUUUGCUGUCAGACCGUGAUUCACAGCGAGCAAUUGACAUCUUCUUCAAACACUGCCAUCCUUCCGCGCCCGUGCUGGAGGAAGAUAUACGUCACUUCUGGCGUGAGCCAGAUCGCUACUCUCCUACUUUGAUUCUGGCCAUAUGUUCCGUUGGCACGCGAUUUUGGAAUAACGACAGCCGACGUGACACCAUUGACGCUGUUCAUCCCAGUUUCAACAACCUCACCAAUCUACUGGACAAAGCAGUCUCGAGUCUACUUCUUCGGCCGACGCCCUCAGAUGUAACCUUGGAUUCCGUCCGUGUGCUUCUACUCUACGCCCAGUGGAUGCCUUGCAGUAGGGAGGAUGGUAAUGACCUCGGAGCUAGUCAGGCCCACGCACCAAGGAGUCGAUACAACGAAAUUAGCGCGUGGGCCAUUCUGGGGCUGGCAGUACGAUACGCCACUCUUUUGGGCUUGGACCGGUCCGCCAUAGCGAGCUUUCGGGCGCACAUGAACGGACCUUCCGAGCAUGAUGUUAACCGUCUACGCGUGUGGUAUAACCUGCUAACCUGCAGUUUCAACUUGAUGCUGACAUCGGGUCUUCCCGCCUCGAUCGACCCAGAACUAUCAGUACAGGUGGCGCAAAGAUUUAGUUCCCAUGAUAAGACGCAGUACCCAGGAGAUCUCAGAGUAACUGGGCUUGUUGAGCUUGUCGGUAUUGUUCAUCGAGCGAUGCGUAGCAGCAGAGAUGUUUCGGCUCGUCAGUUACAGGCCCACAGCCUACAAAAGCUGAAUUCGGAUAUGGAUGCCUGGGAAAGGACUUGGUUCUCACUUCUACACAAUACCGAGUUCCAACACAAUCGAUUACCAUUCAACUCUCUUCGAUGGUAUCGGCUUUCAUUGAACAGCGCCUCCCUUGCACCACUGCUGUCUGCAACAUCACCACUGCCCACGGAGUUAGCACGUGAAGCUCUCCGUCAUCCACUGAAAAUAAGUCUUACCGCAGCUGCGCAAAUGAUACUGUCGUUUUCCCGCUUUGGGUCAGAUUUUGUCUGGGAAUUAGACUCACAGACUCCACUGAGCUUCCCAGAUGGCCCUUUUCAUGUUGAUGCGGGCUCCAUAGGCCAACUUUACUACGCAGUCGACUCUACGUGGAUUUCACACACUUUUGCCGUGACCUUCCUUGUGAUAUGCUAUAUGAGAGGUAUUAUAAAUGAAAACCUUCAGAUUUGCUUUCAAAAGGACAGUCCCAAUAAAAUUGCGACUAAAGUAUCUUCGUCUUCAUGGUCAAUUCUCCCUAGGCUUCUGUUACUCGCGCUGGAAAUUUUUGACGGCGUCUGUCCCACUGCUACUUUCCACUUUUCUCGUGACUUCCAAGGACUCAUUCGCUAUGCAGUCUCUCUGGUAAUGUCACUAGAUCAACAAGAUGCAAACGGCGGCGAAACAGUCGAUGAUCUGGCGUUUCAAUCCCUUCUAGAACUGAUGAACGACUCAGGUGUCGACUGGGCAGGAAGCCUUCUCGGAGAGCCUGGCGAAUUCACUGACUGGAACAUGAGCGAAAUGCUCGACGGAUAA